AUGGUCGAAGAAAAUGAUCAGAAUGGGCAGUCAGUUGUUUGCACAAUACCACAGCAACUGCAUGGCGUUACUGUUAUGCUUGACUGUGGUAUUCAUCCUGGUCUCACCGGCGUCGAUGCUUUACCUUACGUAGACAUCAUCGACUGUGAAGAAAUCGACCUUCUUCUGAUUACACACUUUCAUCUCGACCAUUGUGGCGCUUUGCCAUGGCUACUUGAAAAAACAGCAUUCAGAGGUCGCUGUUUUAUGACGCAUGCUUCGAAAGCGAUUUACCGAAUGCUUGUCUCUGAUUACAUCAAAAUGUUGUAUACCGAAGAAGACCUGGAAAAGAGUAUGGAGAAAAUCGAGGUUAUUGACUUUCAUGAGCAAAAGGAAGUCAACGGGAUCAAAUUUUGGUGCUAUGUGGCCGGACACGUUUUAGGCGCAUGUAUGUUCAUGAUAGAAAUUGCAGUCAUGCUCAAAAUUCAAGAACUGGCUGUUGAGAUCAUUGGAGUCUAUUUCAUUGUCUCCUCUGAUCUUAAUGUAACAUGUUUCACUGUCAUAAAGGAAUCGACUUAUGGAACACAAAUUCAUGAGAAGCGCGAAGACAGGGAACGUCGAUUCACCGGUUUGGUUCAUGAAAUAGUUGCCAGAGGCGGUCGAUGUUUGAUUCCCGUAUUCGCAUUGGGACGUGCUCAAGAGCUAAUGCUGAUUUUGGACGAGUACUGGUCGAUGCACCCCGAGCUACACGACAUCCCGAUUUACUACGCCUCGUCGUUGGCCAAAAAGUGCAUGGCAGUCUACCAAACGUUUGUCAGCGGAAUGAACCAACGCAUCCAAAAACAGAUUGCCGUCAAUAACCCGUUCAUAUUCAACGGUCUCAGCAGAGAGCUGUUCGAAGGAUGGUGCCCUGAUCCAAAAAACGCCUGUAUAAUUGCUGGCUACUGUGUCGAAGGAACGCUUGCUAAGCACAUCUUAAGCGAGCCAGAGGAGAUCGUCGCGGUAAAUGGUCAGAAAUUGCCAAUGCGUCUGCAGGUAGCUUAUAUCAGUUUUUCGGCACAUACCGAUUAUCGUCAGACGUCUGAGUUCGUUAGACAUUUGAAACCUCCCCAUCUUGUUCUGGUUCAUGGUGAGAUGAACGAAAUGGGCCGAUUGAAAGCGGCGAUUAUCAGAGAAUAUGAGGACGACCCGAAGUUCAAAAUUGAGGUGUACAACCCACGUAAUACCCAGGCGGUAGAGCUGAGUUUUCGCGGAGAGAAGACUGCCAAGGUUGUCGGCAGACUUGCUCAGGAACCUCCACAAGAGGGACAGGUGAUAUCAGGCGUUUUGGUUAAACGGAAUUUCAACUACCAUCUCAUGCAUCCGGCCGAUUUAUCGAGUGACGCCAGUGCCGUACAAGCAUUCAAACUAGGUCGAAUAAAUGCAUAUUCACUCUUCAGCCCUUUUCAUAUCAUAUCAAUUUACCGAGAAUUUUCCAUCUUGUUACAAGUUUUCCUGUCACCAGGCUUUGCGUUCACUACUUGCUUUUCAAGGCGGUUAUCUCCCAUUCGUUGGCACUGA